AUGUACUCGAUAACGUUCCACCACCACGCCCGGCAGACCGUGCUCAUCAAGGACAAGUCCGCCAUGGUCACCACCGCUGCCGCCGCUGACAUCCCUCCGGCGCUGGUGUUCAAUGGCUCGUCCACAGGUGUUCCGGAGUCCAUCGACUCCAUCCUGUCUUCAAAGCUGUCCAACAUCUGGCUGCAGCGCCAGCUCAUCAAGGGCGAUGCCGGCGAGACGUUGCUCAUGGACGGGCUCACAGUUCGCCUGGUCAACCUCUUCUCCUCUACCGGAUUCAAAGGCCUGCUCAUAGAACUGCAGGCGGGCACAUCAAACGAGGCCGCCAACUUUGAGGCCAAGAUCGCAGACAUCGAGGCCCAUCUCUCUGAGAUCCAGGUCAAGGACUACAAGACCUCUUCGGACUCCUUGACGCCGGACUCGGACAACUACAUAUGCGACCUGGCAUACCAGUACGUUCGUGCCCUGGAAUUCUGA